UUCGGUUGAGUGGUAAUAAUCACAUUAUGACCGAAGGACAAUGCAAAUCUGUGCUUAGUAGCCUGCUUGCUUUCAAACCCGUCAGAUCAAUCAAGGUAGUCGGAAAUCUGCAUUCUUUCAAUAAUGGUGAAAAUCAAGGAUUUUUUUGAUAAUAAUUUUCGGUCACUGAAACGUCCCACCGUCGUGAAGGAUGAGGUGCCACAUCUCCCGAGUCGAAAUCGACAUUUUUCGGACUCUCUUGGAAGUCAAGGGCGAAGUCCCACGCACAGCCCCAGCCCACGGUUUUCCUCCGAUGACUCGGACGACGUGACUUUGGACUUUGCCCAGAUGAGGCUGGAAUCGCCCUCGAGUCUUCAAGGGUACAAGGAAUGCUUUGCAUGCAAAAUGCCAGUUCAUGAGUAUUGGGACGAAGUCUUUGCCAUGCAAAAAACCUGGCAUUCGGAUUGCUUUCACUGUGGUCAAUGUGGAAAAGUUCUGAAUCCCGAAAAAUUCAUGGAAAAGGACGGAAAACCAUAUUGCGAGCAUGACUACAACCAACUGUUUCUGCCCAAAUGCUUUAGCUGUGCCAAAACUGUUUUUGAGGUCCCAGUGAAAGCGCUGAACCGUAAUUACCAUUUGUUAUGUUUCACAUGCAAAAAAUGUUCGCAAGUUCUCUGUCCGUUCACUUAUUAUGAAAGGAAGGGGAGUUUCUAUUGCGAGGAAGACUUUCACCAACUCUUUUCCCCGAAAUGUUACACCUGCUCGGAACCAAUUCGAGAUCAAAAGGAAAUGACCAAAGCUAUGGGUGGAACGUUCCACAAGGAGCACUUUGUUUGCUGUGAAUGCGCUAAACCACUUCCUGGGAAUAAUUACUUGAAAAAGAAUGGCAACCUGUAUUGCGAGGAGGAUUUUCAUAAAGUGUUUUCUCCAAAAUGUGCCGAAUGCAAUGAGCCAAUUCGACAUGAUGGCAUUCUUGCACUAGGAAAAAAAUGGCAUCGGGAUUGCUGUCUUCGUUGUGCUACUUGCAAGAGGAUUUUGCGAGAAGACAACUACAUUUCUGAGAUGGACAAAGCCUAUUGUAAAUCAGAUUGGGUGAAACAGUUUGCACCAAAAUGUCACGACUGUGGAAAAGGAGUUGGCCAAGUAUUGACCGGAGAUGCAGUCAUAGCCCUUGGACGUCAAUAUCAUCCACAUUGUUUCUAUUGCAAGGUGUAUACAUAUGAUUGUAACCUGCUAUUGGAUGAACGCACGUAUUAUUCCGUGGACGAGGAACCCUACUGCCAAGAACAUUUCCACAACCGAACGUGUGUAGAUUGCCUAAAGUCAAAAGAGGAACGGAAGAAAGCCCUGAAGAAAGUGGUAAGAACGGGACAGGAACGGACUCACUCAGCCUUAUCGAGGAGAUCCAUGAGCCCAAUUAGUGCAGCAUUUAGAUCAAAAUCAAGCCAGUUUUAAACAAUGUAUGGACGUAAGUGAGGAUGCCUUCGUGUAAAAUGAGUUUAAAAUAAUAUGCAGUACAAUUAAUUUGAAUUAAACCCCUCAUGGGACAAUUAACGUUCGACCUCAUAGCAUAUAUUUGGGUCAAAAAAGCUUAUCGUAUUUCAUUAAAAUUAUUCAUCUUAGGAUUAGCUUGUUAAUAAAUUACUGCAAUAAUUCUGUGUUGAACGCACUUUCUAUAAAUAUGUAAAUAUACAUAAAAAUCCUACCUCAUCUCUCAAAAUUUUCAGGUGUAAUAAAAUAAUUAUAAAGA